AUGUCCCUCUCUCGUGUGGAAAAUCCUUGUUUUCUCCUGUUUCUGUUUGUCUUCCAAGCGAUAUUUAUCCUGAUACUCUACCGAGGUGGACCUUCAAAUGUGUUUCGUGCGUUUUUAAGCUCGUAUGAGGUUCUGGAUUACUCAAAAACUCACGAUGUGUAUACAAACCUCAGCUUGUUUACCCAAGCUCCUAAUGAAGAAACUAUGCCAUACUGCUCAGCGCAGUCACCAAUAUUUGUUGGUCCGUUAACCAUCACCUUCAGGGCGCUCCCUACUGAAAGAAUGAUCAUCAAAAAAAAUCCUUUUGUUCAGUCUGGCGGCCGCUACAGGCCACCUCACUGCUUGGCCCGCUACAAAUCAGCCAUCCUGGUAGCCUACAGGAACCAGGAAAAGUACCUUCACCAUCUUCUCUACUAUAUUCAUCCUUUCUUGCAGCGCCAGCAGCUCAGUUACAGUAUCUACUUGAUUCAGCAGGUGGGGAACGGUACCUUUAACCGAGCGAAGCUGCUUAAUGUUGGUGUCCGGGAAGCCCUGAAGGAUGAAGACUGGGACUGCCUUCUCCUGCACGAUGUCAACCUGGUACCCGAGAACGAUUAUAAUCUCUAUGUUUGCGAUGAAUACUAUCCCAAGCAUAUGGCUAGUGCCAUGGAUAAGUUUCAGUACACUCUGCCAUAUAAGUCCUUCUUUGGGGGCGUAUCUGCUCUGACUCCAGAACAUUACAUGAAGAUGAAUGGGUUUCCAAACACAUACUGGGGCAGUGGUGGUGAAAAUGACGACAUUGCUACGAGGAUUCAGUUAGCAGGGAUGAAAAUAGUCCGGACAUCACCUCACCUUGGGCGCUACAAAGUGAUGGACUACAAUGAGGAGACAGAGACACAGGAGCCUUGGAGAAGGCCUACUUCCCGACACAACACCAGAAAAACAUGGAAAGAUGAUGGAAUGAAUUCGUUAGAGUUCAAGCUCCUUUCCAGGACAAAGCAUCCUCUUUAUACCAACAUCACCGUGGACAUUGGAUAUGUUCCCCCAUUUUCUUAAAAGACUGAAAACAAAA